AAUAUCCCACCCCACCCCCCAACUCCCAUUUCGCGUUCCUCAGAGCUACGGAACGAAGGAACUGGAAAAGGGCAAGGUCUACAGCUUCAUUAGCUCCGAGAGAGCAUGCUCAAGAGUGCCCGUUGACGCGACCAAUAACAACGCAGAGUUGCUUAUACCGGCGGAAGCCUGGAAGGGAAGGUGGCUGCUGCCGUCAUGGCGGACGAAGAAGAGGACCCUCCUUUUGAAGAAGAUACUGAGGAGGCUGGAGGAGGCUCAGAUGGUGGACAGGGGAAAAGGAAGAGGCUGUUCUCCAAGGAAUUAAGAUGUAUGAUGUAUGGAUUUGGAGAUGACCAGAAUCCUUACACAGAGUCAGUGGAUAUUCUUGAAGACUUGGUUAUAGAAUUCAUCACAGAAAUGACCCACAAAGCAAUGUCAAUUGGACGGCAAGGUCGAGUACAGGUUGAAGAUAUUGUCUUCCUGAUCCGUAAAGACCCACGGAAGUUUGCUCGUGUGAAAGACUUGCUAACAAUGAAUGAAGAAUUGAAACGGGCCAGAAAGGCAUUUGAUGAAGCAAACUAUGGAUCUUAAGGCCUCAUGUGAUGCAGAUGGGUGGUAUGUGCAGAAUGACCCGCUUGGCUGCUAAGAUCAGCAGAAGGUGCCCUCUUGGUUGUUCCACCACCCUCAGAAGCUCAGGGGAGAGGGCAGCCCAGGAGAGGGAAUUUGUGGAACUUUCUUCCCAGAGGUGUGUCUGGUGCCUUCAUUAUACAGCUUUCGGAUGAUGCUGAAGAUGCACCUCUUUACCCUGCUACCUUUGACACUUGAGAUGCAUAUUUUUAAGGACUCCCCUUAUUUCUGUAAUUUUAAGUUGUUUUAAACUUUUUAAUAUUGUGUAAUAAUGUGUUUUAAUCUUAAUUAAGAUGAAGUGUGGGUAAUUUGUAACAACAAAUUAAGAAGACACCUCCCAUGCAACUCAAUGCAAGUUUUAGAGCACAGUAAGUUGCAUAUUGUGCUAUACUACAGACAUGAGGAUGGCCAAUCCCCAAUGAGACCAACUUGGCUUCCCAUCCUUCAUCUCUCCCUCACUGGCCACCUUGUUGCUCAGCAGCACCUGACCAAGAUGCCCACAUAAUACAGUACUCAUUCCAUACUCAUAAGAAAUCAAACUCUUAGUGUAGCAACACACACUUCGGAAAUCCUGUCUAUUGUCAUCAGAAACCUUCACUGUACUUCUUUUGGCACCUGACUAAAAAUGAUUUUCUUUAGGCAAUCCAAUCCAGACAUGUAGAAGCUGUCAUGUGUUUUAAUCUUGUUUUAGCAUAUUGUUGAUUUUAAACAUUAAAAAAAGUUUUUAAUUUUUAACCAAUAAUGUUUUCUCUCUUUUUUGUCAACCGCAUGGAAGUUUUAUUAAAAGCAAGCAGUGUAUUAAAUGUUGUGAAAUAAAUAUAAAUAAAUAAAUAAGGA